UAUUCUGUAUCUCGUGGGAUAUCAAGACACAGACGAUCGUUUUGUACGCGAUAUUCAUUCGUUGAAAAUGGAGGACAAAGUUAAUACUGGAAGCGCAGCAGUUAACGCUGAGAGCAAUUCUACUCCCGCUAAGAAAGCUAGCAAGAGCAAGAUCAAGUCGAAUCAGCAAAAGAAGUCGCAGCCACCAACUUCGGAGAUGGUAACAGCAGCUAUUAAAGAUCUGAAGGACCGCAAGGGUUCUUCUCUUCAAGCGAUCAAAAAAUAUAUUGUCGCCAAUUACAAAAUGGAUGCUGAGAAGGUUGCACCAUUUAUCAAGAGAUACUUGAAGACUGCUGUUACAUCGGGUGCUGUCGUACAAACCAAGGGUAAAGGCGCCUCUGGAUCUUUCAAGCUGCCCAAGCCUGCAGGGAAGGUGCAACGUACUCCCAAAGCCGAAACCAGAAAAACUACGAUAGAGAAGAAGAUCGCUGCAGCACGGAAAGCAGCCGUUGCAAAGAAACCGGCUACUGCUAAAAAAGCUGCCGCUGGUAGUCCGAAGAAACCAGCUCAGAGGAAAGCUACUAAACCUGCUGAAAAGAGUAAAGCUGCUGCGGAGACGAAAUCACCAUCAAGAGCUAAGAAAACCGUAAAGGCACCUGCGGCGAAGACGAAGACGCCCAAACCGAAGAAAGCUACUGCAGCGAAAGCCGUGAAAAGCACAGGAAAAAAAUAAUUAUUCUUUGCAGAAUACUCGCUACAAUUACAACUGGCCCUUUUCAGGGCCCUAAA